AUGUGGGACCCACAUCCGGCGACGAGGGUGCUGAUCGGUGCCAGCGUCAACGUGGCCUUCUUGCUCCUGCUCGCCUUCUUCUUCAUCAUCUCGCCGCGCGGCGGCACGCUGCCGGAGGUGGUAUCGUCGUCCAAGGAGGGCGGGAUCCGGGGGCGUCGCGAUGGCGGCGGCGUAUUCCAGGUUGAGAGCUAUGAGGAGAGGUGCGAGCACGUCGCCGAGGAGGAUGGCCUUGAUCGCCGGCGAUUCCCGCGUGGCUACGUCGACUACCUGUACCUGUUCGACUGCGUGUUCGGUGAGGAGCGGCGGGUUCUUUGCUACGGCGUGAUGGCGGCGUGGCUCGUCGUGCUGUUCUACCUGCUCGGCGACACGGCGGCAGUGUACUUCUGCUCCAGCCUCGAGGGCCUCUCGUGGCUGCUCCGCCUCUCCCCGGCGAUCGCCGGCGUGACGCUCCUGUCGCUCGGGAAAGGCGCGCCGGACGCGCUCUCCACCAUCGCGUCGUUCGCCUCCGGCGGGGGAGAGGGGGAGGCCACCGCCGUGUGGCUCAACGGCGUGCUGGGGAGCGCGAUGCUCGUGUCCUCCGCCGUGCUCGGCAUCAUCGGCGUCCACCUCGGCGCGCGCGGGGUCGCCAUUGACAGGGUGAACUUCUACCGCGACGCGUCUUUCCUCCUCGUCUCCCUCGUCGCUGUGGCCGUCGUCCUCGCCGCCGGCGAGGUGACAAUCUGGGGCGCCCUCGCCUUCACCUCCCUCUACGUCGUCUACGUCGUCGCCGUCGCCUUCACCCACGGCCGCUCCCCGAGCAAAGGCCACGACGCGGAGGCGGACCACACGGCGGACGCCUUCUCCGAGCUCUGCAACGUAGCAGAGACGAAGUUCUACGGCGACCAAGAACCACUCCUCCCCGAAACCACCCCGCCGGUCGACUUCCUCCACGUGGUUGCCGGCGGAGAGGGAGUCAGCGCAUGUCAGGAAACUUGCAAUUCGCUCACAGCUCACACGCUCAACCUCACUGAAUCUCUGAAACUCUGAAGAUUGUAAGAUUGUGAACAGUAAACUGAAAAACCGAAGAACAGAGUUCUGAACAGAGUGGUUUUUGUGCUGCUUAAGUCUCACCAGUCACCGCAGCUUUUCUGUUUUCUUCUCUAUUUAUUCAUUUCCAUCAGCAGUUCGUUACACUUGAGCCAGCCACUACGUGCAUGCAAAACAGAAAUUAAAAAGCUCAAGAUUACAAAAUAUCCAUCAGCGCACGCGGCAUCAUCGCCGACGAACCACCAAGAUCCCGACGCGAGCCAGCUUCCUCUUAUGUCGUCGUCAUCGUCCCGCUCCCAUUCCCACUCCCUCCCAGCCGCCGACUGCCUCCAGUCGGGACUAUCCAAGAAGAGCCGCGGCUGAGCGGGGACGAGGAGCCUCGCCGCCCUCGUCGGUGCUGAACGGCGCGAGUGGACGGAGCGGCAGCCGGACAUGUCCCCCGACGCCGAUGCAGUUGAUGGAGAUGUGGUCCAGCGACUCGCGAGCCGUCGGAGACCGCGCCGGUAACCGCGAGGGCGAGGACGACGAGCAGCAUCUUGGGCCGCCGCCGCCGUUCCCCUCGUCCUCCCACUGCCGCGAGCCACCGCCGCCGCUGUUCCCCUCGUCCUCCCACUAUCGUGAGCCUCCGCAGCAGAGCCGCCGCCGUCCUAGCCGCCGACCGCGCUGCGCCCCGAUGCCGCCAGCCGCCGCUGCUCACCCUGUCCUCCCGCCGCUGCCGGCAAUGAAGAAAGAGAGAAUGUAGGAGAGGACUCACUGACAGGUGGGCCCCGCUUUAUUUUUAAUUUAUUUGAUGAUUGGGAUGCCACGUAGACGCCACAUCAGCGAAACCGCCCUUCAAAACCACCGAGGGAG